AACACCAUUGUUGGGUGCUGAAUGUGAAGCGAGGAGUUUUUCUCCUCCUCCAAACCUGUGAUGAAGCCGUGUUCCAAUGAAAGCAGGUGGAAUUCCCCCUUUCAACCAAUGGCGCUCUGCCCUCGCAACAAUCCUUUCGAAAAGGAUGUAUGGGCUCGGUUAUGGCGCUGGCGUGAAGUUGUUGGAAACGGGCAAGCCCAGGAAGCAGGAUUUUGGCACUACUGCACCACCUAAAGCUUAGGGCUGCCCGCUUGAAUGGGAACAAGUGAGCAGACCAUUCAUAUUUGCUCAAACGUACACCUUGGGAGCCACUUCAGCGACGUCGGAUUGAAGAUAGUGAUUUCUACAAAAGUCUCUCUGUCAAAACCGAGCACGCACCGAGUUACCACGGGCUAAAAAAAAGAGGCAUGGAUCGCAAGAGUUAGACUGAGUUCUAACUCCCCUCGAGCUGUUUGUGUUUUUAACUGAGGAGAAGGACUAAAAGAGUCACCAUGCCUGCCAAAACAAAGUACAAUUUAGUCGAUGAUGGACACGAUUUGCGGAUUCCUUUACAUAAUGAGGAAGCAUUCCAACAUGGGAUUAAUUUCGAAGCAAAGUAUAUCGGUAGUUUGGAUGUGGCUCGACCCAACAGCCGUGUGGAGAUUGUUGCGGCCAUGAGGCGGAUAAGGUAUGAAUUUAAAGUAAAGAAUAUCAAAAAGAAGAAAGUCAACAUCAUCGUGUCCGUGGACGGGGUGAAAGUAGCACUGCGAAAAAAGAAAAAGAAAAAAGAAUGGACCUGGGAUGAAAGCAAGAUGAUGGUGAUGCAAGACCCAAUAUACAGGAUAUUCUACGUAUCACACGACUCUCAAGAUCUGAAGAUCUUCAGUUACAUAGCAAGAGAUGGACAGAGCAAUGUGUUUCGAUGUAACGUCUUCAAAUCAAAGAAAAAGAGCCAAGCCAUGCGGGUAGUGCGGACGGUGGGUCAGGCUUUUGAGGUCUGUCAUAAACUUAGCCUGCAACACACCCAGCAAAACGCAGAUGGCCAGGAAGAUGGUGACACUGACAAGACAUGCACAGAUUCUGGAGUAACAGGGCGGGAGCUCACAGGGGCCGAAAAGCCAGCUGCAGAUGAGACAGACAUUGAUGCAGAGGAGCUUCCCCUCCCCGACAGCACAAUGGACGAGUUCAAUCGCGGAGUCACUGACCUGGAUGUGGCCAAGAAAGAGGAAGAUGUCACCAAGGACAAAAAGCCCUCUGAAGAGCCCAACAUCCUGCUGGCUUCCCCUAAGUUGCUGCUUCCUUCAGGCAGUCAGCUGCCGGCCAGCACUCCCCUGUCUGUGCACCACCAGCUCCAGCUGCUCCAGCAGCAGCUCACCCAACAGCAGCAGCAGACACAGGUGGCCGUGGCCCAGGUUCAUCUGCUGAAGGAUCAGCUCUCUGCAGAAGCUGCGGCGAGGAUUGAGGCCCAGGCUCGAGUUCACCAGCUGCUGCUGCAGAAUAAGGACCUACUGCAGCAUAUUUCUCUCCUGGUCAAACAGGUUCAGGAGCUGGAGCUCAAGCUGGCUGGGAAUGGCUCUAUGGGAUCCCAAGACAGUCUCCUGGAAAUCACCUUCCGUGCCAACGUGCCCCCAGUCCUAUGCGACCCCACCACCCCCAGACCAGAGAACGCCAUCCUUCCUCCACUCAACGAUGGGACACAGCUAUCCCUGCCGCUGGGCAGUCCAAUAGGUAGGAACCAGUGCUUGAUCAAGUUUGAAUGUUUCCGCUUUCUUCCGGGACCACCCCAACAGGAGGAGAGUCCCAACACACCAUCCCAAGGCGUCUCGCCCUCAUCACGGGACGAGCUUCUGGGUAGCCUCGAGCUGCUAAAAUUCCACGAGUCGGGAAUCGCAUCCGAGUACGAGUCAAACACAGAUGAGAGUGAUGAAAGCUGGGGACAGCAGGACGAGAGCACCCUGCGUCUGCUCAAUGUGCUCAACAAACACGGCCCCUCUGACUGCUUGGAGGACGAAAUUGCUGUUUAAUGUGAUUUUGCGUACUUAGAAAAACACUGCUUGAUGUUUUGCUUAGAAGGUUCAAGUCAAUCAAUGUCAAUAUUGUCAAACCGUCUACCGCUGUUUGUACUGCUGAUAAAUCUGGGAGACCAAGGUGACAUUAACCGUUUGGUGGCCGUUUAGUUUGUCACAUUUUAUGUCAUAUAUUGAAAAGCAAACAGUCGCAAAGAAUAGUAAAUACUCUUGUCUCCAUUUUAAAGUUUAGGGACACACAUCAGAUGCCAGAAUCUUGUAUCUCUAAUGGAACGUUCACACACAGCGAUGGAGGUCGCCAAGUGGCUAUAUUGUUGGUCAUCAUGGCCAUCCCUACUUCCAAACACUCCAUAUAGACAUACACACACACACACACACACACACAC